UGGGAGGAAGCAGAUGCCUUUGCCCCUGGACUCUGGACCCCCCCCUCACCGGCGCUCAUGGUGCUGGCGCCGCGGACGGGAGCUCUCCGGGGUCAACUCCAGUCAUGCACGUCGUAAGGAACGUGGGGUCUCAGCUCUUGCGGCCCUGGGCCUGGGCGCCCCCGAGCAGCAUAUACCCUCCAAUUCCAGGACAGGAGAGCUCCCUGAGGUGGGCAGGAAAGAAAUUUGAGGAGAUUCCUAUCGCACACAUUAAGGCAUCCUACAACAACACACAGAUCCAAGUCGUCUCUGCUGCGCACCAGCCCCUCGCCCGCACUUCCUGCGGCACUGAGGGGUUUCGGAACGCCAAGAAGGGCACGGGCAUCGCAGCACAGACAGCAGGCAUAGCUGCCGCGGCGAAAGCUACAGGGAAGGGUGUGACCCACGUCCGCGUGGUGGUGAAAGGCCUGGGGCCGGGGCGCUUGUCUGCCAUCAAGGGACUGACCAUGGGGGGCCUGGAAGUGAUCUCAAUCACAGACAACACCCCCAUCCCGCACAACGGCUGCCGCCCCAGGAAGGCUCGGAGGCUGUGAUGGGAAGGAAGCCUGCACCUGAACCUGACCUCCAGCCCUGUGGCAAGCACAGUCAGAGCUCCCUCCAGAGGUUUGCUGGGGUGCUUCCGGCAGUCAGGGACGGCUCUGCCUCCUUCUGUGGUGGCCUUUGCCGUGCUUCUGAUUGGAGAUCGGCGUGUCCAGAAGUGAAGACAUCCCCUUGGACACAAGGGGAGCCACAGGAGCUGCUAUGGCCCGGACCCCAACCAGUAAAUGCUGCCCUGCUCUAAAAAAAAAUAAAAGAACGUGUCUACCACCU